CACUGCCUGAUCUGUCGCAGUUCUUUGUGGUCUCCUGUAUUAGAUCAUACAGAUGUUUAGUGACACAGAUCAGGCUUUUCGGAAUGAGGCAAUGCAGUGAACGAGCUCUGCUGUCUCUGAAGAUGAUGAUGAUGAUGAUGAUGUGUGAGUGAGUGAGUGGGUGUGUUCACUCCAGUGCCAUGCGCUGCGAUCCUGACAGCGUUCACAUUACAGUCCACUCCGCGCAUGAGAAUGACAAACACGGCUUAAGCUCUCGGACGAGUUUGGAGUCAUUCGGAUUACAGUUUUGGAGACCGUUUGGAGAUUCGAUUCGCCACCUGAGGAGUUUACGAUGUCAGGCUCGUUUUGUCGAAGUUUAUACUCCUUCAACGGGGAUCAGCAUCAGCAGGGACUGAAGUUUGAGGCUGGAGAAGUGAUCAGAAUAACGCAAGCUCUGGACGGAGGCUGGUGGGAGGGAGAGAAGGACGGAGUCAAGGGAUGGUUUCCCUCAACUUACGUGCAGGUGGAGAAACUGUCCUCGAUGUCUCCUCUGGACGAGCCGCUGCCCAGAGACUGGAAGUGCUACAUGUCACCUCAGGGACGCAGAUACUACGUCAACACCAUAAGCAACGAGACAACAUGGGAGCGGCCGUCGAGCACGCCUGGCACCCCGAAAACACCAGUGAAACACAAGAACUCUGUCCCGACAGUGAAUGGAUUUCAUGGUAAUGGCAGCCCGUUGCAUCAGACGGAACCAUCGCAUGUACUGAUGCGGAAGACCAGCACAGAUCAACAGAGUCCUGGCUCGACUUCACCCAGCAGGAAGCAGGAGUGCGAAUCCACAGUAAAUAUCAACUGCGUGACGUUUCCUUUUCCACUGCACAUGUCUGAACAGCAGCUGCUCAAACCAGAUGAGUGGAGCUACUGCGAUUAUUUUUGGGCGGACAGAAAGGACCCGCAGGGAAGCGCCAACAUCUCAGGAUUCGAGGUUCUGCUGCAAAAACAGCUGAAGGGAAGGCAGAUGCAGAAAGAGAUGGCCGAGUUUGUGCGGGAGAGGAUCAGGAUCGAGGAGGAAUACGCCAAGAACCUGUCGAAGCUCUCGCAGAUCCCGCUGGCGGCGCAGGAGGAAGGCACGCUUGGAGAAGCUUGGGCUCAGCUGAAGAUAAGCCUGGCAGAUGAAGCAGAAGUUCAUCUCAAGUUCUCCUCCAAGCUUCAGAGUGAAGUGGAAAAGCCUCUGCUGAUAUUCCGGGAAAACUUCAAAAAGGACAUGAAGAAGUUCGACCAUCACAUGGCGGAUCUCAGGAAGCAGCUGACCGGCCGAAACUCUGCCGUGGAGAAGGCACGGAAAGCACUUGCAGACCGGCAGAAGGAUCUGGAGUUAAAAACCCAGCAGCUGGAGAUCAAACUGAGCAGUAAGAUCGAGGAGGACAUCAAGAAAGCGCGCAGGAAAUCCACGCAGGCCGGUGAUGAUCUGAUGCGAUGUGUUGAUCUCUACAAUCAGUCCCAGUCCAAGUGGUUUGAGGAGAUGGUGACCAGCAGUCUGGAGCUGGAGCGUCUGGAGGUGGAGCGUGUGGAGAUGAUCAGACAGCAUCUGUGUCAGUACACAACGCUACGACACGAGACCGACAUGUUCAACCAAAGCACCAUAGAGCCGGUGGACAAACUCUUGCGGAGCGUGGACCCCGCCAAAGACCGAGAGCUGUGGGUCAAAGAACACAAGACGGGCGAGCUGAGACCGGUGGACAUGGACAUCUGAGAGCAUCAGACUCGCCCUCGUUUCCUCGUCUGAAACGCAGCGCUGGCUGAAGAGAAACUAAUAUGGGUUUGAUCUCUCAAAAACCCUUCUGAGGCCUAAACCAGGAGAACGAUCAUGACUCAAACCGAGCAGAAGGUUGAGAGAGAGCUGAGGUUACAUACCAUAACCUUCCCACGAAUCUGACUGAAAGAGCUCUCGAGGUGUGGCAGAGACUGUGUGAACAUCUGCAGGAUUUCACUCGGGAGAACUGACGUGUUUUGUCAGUAUCUACUGAUGCAAUCAUGCCAUUACGAUUCAGCAUUGAUUGAACCGAGUUCAUGUAUGUGAAAUAGUACUAAUAUAUACUGUAAAUGCUGCUGCUGCAUCAACUAUUACAACUGAUUUCAGUUCUGUGACUAAUCAAAGCUCUCGCUUGCCUUAAAGCGACAGUACACACAAAAAUGAUCAUUCUUGUCAUCAUUUACUUCACUUUCAUGUGGUUCCAAACUGGU